GUGACAGCGUCGCGCAUUGAGCAGUAGGCGGGGUCUACAGAAAAGGGAAUAUCUAUUUUACGCUGCAUCUGAAGUUUACAGUUUUGUGUAAAUCAGGGUUGAGAUAACCAGGACAAGACACUGUCACCUGUUUUCAGGAUUUAGGCACCGAAUAACUCUCUGCUUCGGUCAAGUAAUAUUCCUGGAAUUUUCUAUUGAUAUUUUUUGUCCAGGUUAACAUUGCGCACCUGAAUUGUCUCUCCUAGCGGAUACCGUAUAAAUAUAUUUGUUUAUUUUAUUUCUCAAUUUGUCUUGGCAAUACCAUAGCUGCAAUGAGGAUAAACAGACAAUUGCGUAGGAUUGUGCUUAUAGCAGCUCUUCUCGACUUCUCUUCCAAUGUGAAGGCCAUUCCUCCAGAAUGUGACCCGGACUACAUCUUACUCCAAGAUGAGGAGAGCUGCUUCAAGGAUCUGUUCAAGAUCAACAUCAGCCAGGCUGACUCUCAACAACCAGGCAAAGAACCUUUAGAAUACCUGUGGAUGACACCCAUUAUGUCUCCUGUAGAGUGCAGAGGUUUGUGGGACCACCUGAACUGCUGGCCUCAUACUGAUGUGGGAGAGACUGUGUCACAGCCAUGUCCCAGAUUCCUCCGAACCACAGGCAGAGUAUACAGGAACUGCACAGAGCACGGCUGGACUGAGCCAUUUCCUCCACAUGAGAUAGCCUGCGAGUAUGCCUUUGAGACCCUCACCUUCCCUUUUGAGGCACCCAGGUCCCAUGGCUACUUCCUCUAUGUGCAAGUCAUGUACUCGGUGGGCUAUGCUAUCUCUACUGCGUCUCUUACCAUCGCCACUGCCACACUCUGUCUGUUCAGGAGGCUCCACUGCACCCGUAACUAUGUCCACAUCCAACUGUUCCUCUCCUUCAUCCUCCGAGCCACCUUCAUCUUCAUCAGAGAUGCUGUGCUCUUCUCCUCUGAUGACCACUUCCACUGUGACUCCUAUCCGGUCAGCUGUAAGAUUGCAACAUCGUUCUCCAACUACUGCAUCAUGGCCAACUACAGCUGGCUGCUGGCCGAGGGACACUACCUGUACAGCCUGGUCAGUGUCUCCCUCUUCUCCCAGAAGAGGCACCUCAGGUGGUACAUCGUCCUGGGCUGGGGUUCCCCAAUGGUCAUUAUAGUAGCCUGGAGUUUGGCAAAAUAUACCCAGGAGAAUGAAGGGUGCUGGGAGAGGAGGGGACACGAGGGGAUCUGGUGGAUUCUCAGAGUUCCUGUUCUCCUCUUCAUCGUUGUUAACUUGCUGUUUUUUCUGAGUAUCAUAAGAAUCCUGGUGGCCAAGUUGAGGACACAGGAAAUGCAUAGAAAUGAGUUGAACCAGUAUAGGAGGCUUGCUAAGUCCACCGUUCUCCUGGUAUCUCUCUUUGGUUUGCACUACGUCCUCUUUGCAUUCCUCCCACAUAAAGUCAGUGAAAUAUGGAACUUUAUCGAGCUGGCUUUUGCUUCCACUCAGGGGUUUGUAGUAGCAGUUCUAUAUUGUUUUCUGAAUGGAGAGGUUCAGUAUGAGGUUCAGAGGAGGUGGAGGCGAUGGAGGCUGAAGCAGCAUCUACCUGGGGAGGCCAGGUGCCAACAUGGCUCCAUGAGUCAGAGUGUAGGGGCCCAUACCCAGGUCUCCUUCCUGACCCGGGGACCCUCCACACGCCAUUCUAGUCUGGUGUAGCACAUCCAGUCACUCCUCACUAUACUGUACCUACGAGGCUUUGUCAAUGGAUAGGUGCCAUGUGUGUUCCACAGUCUGUCUGUGACAUUCUGACAUUCCUGUUUGACUCUUGAAGGAUGAGGCCUCCUUUUUAUUUUUUUUCUGUUGAGUGUAUAUGAUCUUUGACCGGCAUGGCAUUUAGUGACAGGACUGGACCUUUGGUUGUGGGGUCAAAACGCUGAAACAUUUCUGUGCAUGGGUUUGCUAUUCUGACCUUUCCUCAUCUUCACCUGCAGUCACGCAUGGCACACACACUGCAUGACUAUCAGGAAUGCACCUACCCACCUGUACAAUUGUCAAUAUGACCAGGUAUUCUAAAGGACCAUGUGGACAUGCUUAAUUUUAUUUAUUGGCUUUCUAACAUGUAUAUUCCAAGUGUUACAUAUGAUAUGUGUAUGUUUAACCAUGAAAACAAGAGCUGUUGUAAAGUUUAAAGGAAUUUGUGUGAAUGUAUUGGUGACAGUUCCUAGAAUUAAUUUAACCAUGCUAUGUUAGUUAUAUUACAUGUGCUUCACACAUGAUCAAUGAUGGUACGACUUGAUGACAUCAACUCUCACAAUAAAUGUAUUUUAAAAGUCAUUAUCACCACGGGGUGAGAUACUUAUUUUCCACCAUCAUUUGCAAAUAAAUUCAUAAAAAAUCCUA